AAAAUGGGGAAAUUCCCUGUAGGUCACCCUAGAGUGUACGUGGGCAAUGAUUGUCGCGAACUAACGGGUGAUCACAAUAACAUCGACAGCGUAGAGGGGCUGAUUAAGUGUGUCGUGUUACCACCGCGAGAUCUGUAUCACCCCGUGUUACCGACACGCAUGCACGGUAAAUUGCUUUUCGCACUGUGUCGUUCCUGUGCAGAGUCAACGCUACAGGGCUCGUGUCCUCACGAGAAUCCUGAGGAUAGAAUAUUCGAAGGGACAUGGGUUGUGGACGAGGUCAGACGCGCUGUACGUAAAGGAUAUCAAAUAACGGCGAUACACGAAAUAUGGCAAUACGAGAUCACUCAGUACGAUCCGACGACGCGGACGGGCGGCCACUUUGCCAGUUACAUAAAUACAUUCCUGAAGAUUAAGCAGGAGGCUAGCGUCUGGCCGCGCGAGUGCAGCGACGAUGAGUCUAAGAAGCUGUAUGUAGAGGAGUACGAUCGGGUCGAGGGUAUUCGACUAGAUCCUGCUAAUAUAAAAUCAAAUCCCGGUCUGCGAGCAGUCGCCAAACUGUGUCUGAAUUCCUUUUGGGGUAAGUUCGGGCAGCGCGAGAAUCUACCUAAAACGGAAAUCGUAACGACUCGUCAGAAGCUCGUGAGUUUGCUUACGUGCCCGGAGGUCGAAAUUACGGGUAUUCUACCCGUAGAUGACGAAGUACUCUACGUUAACACGCGUAGUACGAGCGAAUCGGUGAUACCCACAGCGUACACAAACGUCGUUAUAGCCGCGUACACCACGGCUCAAGCUCGUCUUAAGUUAUAUGACUAUCUCGAGAAAUUAGAUCGACGCGUACUAUAUUACGACACCGACUCGUGUAUAUACGUAUCGGGUGGUCGUCACGCCGAUAACGCUUACGAGCCGCCGCUCGGCAGUCUUUUGGGCGAUUUAACGGACGAGCUGGAGUCGUACGGUAUUGGUAGCUACAUCACGUCAUUUGUAUCGGGAGGUCCAAAAUUUUACGCGUACCGGGUACGUAAGCCAGACGGUUCUCACGCAGAGGUCUGCAAAGUCAAAGGUAUCACGAUCGACCACGCGACGAGUCUUGCCAUUAAUUAUGACUGGAUACGGUCUUAUGUAACGGGGGAGACCAGCGAAGCGGUCGUUUUACGCUAUGACGCGAUACGUCGUACUCCGUUUCACGACGUAGUGACACGUGUAGAAUUAAAAACGUGUAAACCGACAGAGCUUCAAAAACGGCGACGCGACGGUCGUGUCGGAUCGUUGCCGUACGGAUUUAUGUAG